UCAGAGUGUUUUGGCAAAUUUUAUUGUAUAUCGCGAUACAAAUCCGUGUUUUAGGGUGAUCGAACGUGAUCUUCUGGGCCGCGUUAUCAGCGAACGCACAUUUGCAAGGUUGUCGGGCGAGAUGAAGGACGCCCGUGAGUGCAUCCGUGGGGCAGUCGUCCUCUCCGUCGCGUUCUUGCUCAUCUUUACGUCGUACAACGCAAUCGAGAAUCUCGAAACGUCCGUCAUUCGUGGCGAGUGUCAGGGAUGUCUGUCGGGGUCUCCCACUGGCAUUUGUCAGUUUGGGGACGUUUGUCAAGACAAGGUCCAGUUUGCGUGCGACGAAGCGUGCGCGGCUCCAUUUCACGAGUGCUCCUCCUCCCUAGGGAGCACCAUCCUCGGCGUGAUCUACCUCACGUUUACAUUGAGUGCAUUCAUGGGACCGCUUAUUCCCAACUACCUUGGCAUGAAGAAGAGCAUGUUUGGCAGCGCGUUCAUUUACGCGCUUUUUGCCUUCGCCAACUUGAUCGUGGCGCUCAACCCCACCAACCAAGGUCUCCAUUGGGCAAUCAUGAUCCCGGCGGCAUUUAUGGAGGGCGUUGGGGCGUCGGUCCUGUGGAUUGCCCAGGCCACGUACUUGACGGAGCUGAGCGUGUUGUAUGCGAAAUUCAAGCACGAGCCGGUAGUGAGCUCGAUGGGGGUUUUCAACGGCGUGUUUUACAGCAUCUUUCGCAUGAGCGCCAUCUCUGGCAACAUCAUUUCGUCGCUUGUGCUGAGCUACUUUGUUUGGCCCGCGGAGAGCCUGUUUGUCAUGUACACGAUCAUUGGAAUGUUCGGCGCAGCCCUCAUGCUUGCCCUGCCAGCUUUGGCCAAACCAACUGGCAACACCGAGUUCGCCAAGCUCGUCCCGUCCAGCGACCCCGCCAGAUCGCCAACUGAUGGAGAAAGCUCAUCGCGCGGUGGGUUCUCGUUCCAAGCACUGUGGGCUGUCGCCACGGACAAUCGAAUGAUCGUGCUUGCUCCCGUGUUUAUUCUGAAUGGUCUCCAGCAAGGUUUUGCGACUGGUGAAUUCACAUCCAACGUGAUUCGGUCAUCUCUUGGCAGCGGCUCUAUCGGCUACGUCAUGGCGUUGUAUGGCGGGACCAACGUUGCUGCGUCCUACGGAUUUGGCAAACUCGCGGACAAAUACGGCCCCCUCAGCGGCCAGUUGGUCGGGUUUGCCGCGAUGCUGGUGGCGUUUUCGUUGUGCUACUGGGUCCCCGUCGCCAAGUGUGACGGUCAAUGGGCGCUUGUGGUGGUGGUUGGCGUGCUGCUCAGCCUCGGAGACGCCUCGUCGACAACCUUGACAAGCGUUGUGUUGGGCCAAGAGUUUCCGUCAGAUGCCGUGUCUGUGUUUUCGAUUUUUAAAGUGUUCCAGUCGGGGUCGGCUGCCGCGUCCUACUUUGGCUUUCGCUACUUGAGGUACGACCCCACAUGCCAUGGCACAGAGGGCGAUCCGAGACAAUUUUCGUGGAUCCAGUUUCAAUGGCCGGGUUGCGAUCUUGAUCAGCAUGGUGCUGAUCGCCACCGCGUCCUUCGUGGUCUAUUCCAAGAAGUUUCGCCGUGCGCCGAAUGGAGCGUUCUAGCGUUUUCAAUGAGCACGGCUCGAUCCAAAUGGAUGGACGCCGGAUCCAGGCUCCCCCCUUAGCACCCGUAACAGUGUGACACCUGCCCGCGUUGGUUCACCCGGCAGCCACAUGUGAAACGCAUAACGCUUUGCCCUCUUCAUUUCGGUGGUGUUCUAGUGUCGCAGGGUCGCGCGAGGAAAGCAGGGCCGAAU